UCCUGCUUCACGCCUCAACCUCGUAACGUUGUUGAAGCUCUUGAGCCGUGAACAGGAUACACCGUGAACGCGUCAUCCUGGAGAUAUGGGAAUAACGAUAACCAGUGCGACCUCGCAGUGCAGAUGAUUUUUAUUAGUUGUGAUAUUUUACUACUAACUAAAUUUAAUCUGAAAUACUUUAGCCUUUUACUGGCAUUAUAUCGGUGGGGAGUUUAAUCGAGGCGCACGUUUUUUAUUUAUUUAUCUCUGAGCAAAUACCUUACAUCAAUCAGGCGAGAUGAAGCAGUCCUUCCGUUCUCUGGUGAUCAUCGCGGGCAUCUUCGGUAUCCUCAGCUUUGCGUUCCUGGCGGCAGCUAUCGGGAGCGACUAUUGGUACAUUAUUAAGGUGAACAGAACCAACCGGACCAAUACAAAGGUUUUGGAUUCCCAUUCCGGACUAUGGAUAACUUACGAAGGUCAAAAGGUGUAUUCUUUCACAUUUAACUCCUCCAACUACUCUGAACCUGAGAUGCGCAUGUUGAACAUGCACAGUGCGAUCGUGGUCCUACUGCCUCUUAGCCUGGUCCUUAUACUGUUCGGAGGCAUCUGUGGAUUGAUCAGUUCCCUGGCCCGGAGUACCGUUCUCCUCACUGUCACCGCCUCCUAUCUCUUCCUCUGCAGUGUCCUGACCCUCUCCGGUGUCAGCCUGUACAUCAGCUACUCCCAGCAGGCGCUGGCAGAGACUGAGAGGCUGGUGGGGGCUGAGCAUCUGGCCCAGGUGGUCAGCACUUCUUUCGGCUGGUCCCUGGGCCUGGCCUGGCUCUCCUUCUGCCUGGAGGUCCUCACUUGCCUGCUGCUGCUGCUGGCUGCCCGCCCCGCCACCCUCCAGAGCAGCCCACCGGGCCACGGCUGGCCUUCUAUGUCCUAACCUAACCCAAGAGCCAGGCCCUAUAGAAG